UCACAUGUCAAAGGCUACAAUUGUAGAUAUCUUCAGGAGGUGGCGAAUUAUUGCCUGCCAAGCAUUGAGAUUUGGUGCCAAUAUUUUCAAAGGUGAAAUUUUUCAGUCAGUGUGUGUAGGCAAUCUUCUAUUUCUUCACUACGUUGCUUCACUUCAGAAUUCUGUCAAAGUUGUGCUGUGGGAUCGGUGGAUUGCGUUAUAAUAAAUGCUAUAACUGCUGGUGUUCCAUCCGACGCCUUCGGACAAUCUUAUUGAUGAUUAUUGGUUAAGCGAAGAAAGUUGAACUUCAUCACUUUUACCUACACACUUAAUCCAGUCAUGGCUAAUUCUUCGUCAGGGGCAGGAUACUUUCCAACUUGUCCUGAAUGUGCCAAGAUGGAUUUAAAACUUUAUCACUGUCCUGCUUUGGUUGGAAGAGCUCAUCAUCAUCAUCAUUAUGGAUCCCUUGGCUUACAUAACAUGCAUCCACAAACUUUGUCUCAUCCCAACAAUCAAUGUUGCCCAACUCCACAUCAAACACUUUAUCCCUCUAUUCCACUUAGAUUACACAGUGUGUGUAAUUGCUCAAGAUGUAGACAGACAGAUAUGGACAGACAUUUUCCUAUGACGUCACCACAAAUACCCCUCAGUGCAUGUUGGAUGAAUCCAAUGGACAUGCACAACACAAAUCUAAAUUCAAACUUCGUACCUAACCCAUUACCAAGUCGACCUUGUAUACCCCCAAGGCAUGUGGGAAUGUCACCUGUAACUCGGACUGAAUCUUUACCAUUACAUGUUGAUGGUGCUUCAGGAAUAUCAUAUAACCAUCACCAUCAUUUUCACCAUUAUCACUAUCAUACACAGUCAAGAAAUAAUCUACAUCCUUAUGCAGUUCCCAUGCUUCAUCCCAGGUUUCGGAGGCGUCGCUCUCCAAGGCCAAGUGAAGGAAAUAUGGAGAAUGCUAAUUUCAUACCAGCAGUCAUUACAUCAGAAGCUGGAAUGACUUGGGGUGGCCAUUUAAAUACAGAGAAUUUGGGACAGCUGGCGGUCAGUGAAAAACCAAAAGGGAUUUCAAAGUCUGUUCUUGAAAGUCUACCCACUUACAAAAUAACUUCCAAAGAUAAAGAUUUAAGAGAAUCUCGAUGUGUUGUUUGCUUGAUGGACUUUGAGCUAAAGCAACAGCUUCGAAUAUUGCCUUGCCUCCAUGAAUUUCACAGCAAGUGUAUUGAUAAAUGGUUAAAGAAUAACAGAUCGUGUCCAAUAUGUAGAAAAGAAGUCAAAUUGAAAUGAUGAAUAAAAUUAUUUACGGAAAUAUAAACUGACGACUGUUCAGGUGUCUUCUUGUUUUUCAUUAUCGCAAUGAAUAAUGGGGUAAAGAUAAGAAGGUGUGCCAGGCAAACUACCUUAAUCCUCAGUUUGGAUUAAAAUUUGUUGAGAAGAAUUGACAUUUACUUAAGAAGUUAGGAAAUUCAUUCGUAUAAGAUGUGAUAAGAAUGAUUUCUAGCAUCAUCUGUGAUACAAUAUUAUAAAUAUAAAUGUAUAAUCUGAUAGGCUUAUAUUUACUUAUUCAUAACAGUGUAUGUGCUAUUAUAUGCACAGUGUUUCAAAUCAAUGGAAUAUAAUAAAAACUUAAAUUUA